CAGUGUUGUAGUGACAACCAGUGCCCUAGUUUCUCUCAGUCUGAGUCUGGCGGUUACAACCUAAGACAUGUUUUCCCUUCUUCGCAAGCGUUUUGGGAGGGGGAACGUCGAUUCUGGAGAGACUAGAGUGAAGGAGUCUGGCCUUUCAUCUCAAAGUAAUGAUGGACAAAGACAGCACUUCUGGGGAAUGUGUAACGCUGGGAGAGAAACAUCAUCCCCUGAAACUGCCCUAAGCAAGAAUCAGGCCAAGAAGGAAAAGGAGAGGCUGAUUGAAGAGCUGCGGCUCAUUACCGAGGAGAGAAAUGACCUUAGAGAUCGCCUGAGGUUCCUGACAGAGAGAUCCAAGAACUACAGGCCACACUUCAGGCCAAAUCCAUAUUAUGAAGGCCUGGAGAGAAUGGAGGAGGCGGUCAUGUCAAUUCUGCACAACUUAGAGAUGGAGAACACUGAGAUCCAUGAGAACAGCCAGAAGCUGAAGAAGGAGAUGACCUUCUCUAGGUAAGUCCUGGUCAGAAAGGCUAUCACUUGUGGAAUGUCCAUUUCUGACUUUCUUUGUUCUGGAUUGGACAGUCUUCAGCUAUGAUUCUAUCUCUUGUGCUGUUUACACAUCAGUGUGCCAGGGUUAUUAGGACUCAGUUUUCAGUUCCAUAAAAGAGUGUUCCUCAUCCCAGGAUUGUCUAGGCAUCUGCAGAAGGCUCUAGAUAGAACAGCACUGAUUGAAGUCAGCAGGUUAUUAGGCUGACCUGGAACUCUGGGGUCACACCAGGUUUUACAACACUCAGUGCGUGGACCACAUGGUUAGCAUGACCUUCUCUUGGUACUACUGACCUUUUUUGAGGGUGUUGGCCCACUACUAAUUGAUGUUGCCCCCAUGCAUUGGGCUUUAAUGGAUAGAUGUAGAUCUGUGUUCUUUUUGAGAGAUGUGGACACUAAUUGGUGCUUGGGCCAAGCACAGAAUUUAUUCUUCCCUGAAUUAACUCUUUGUGGUUUGUGCAGCAGAAUUAUGUGUAUCAAGAUGUAUUUUAUUAAGUCUUCAUGGGUAUCUGGGACCUGGUAGAGUUAGUGGGACUUGGGAGUAGGAAUGGGAGAAAGGGGCAGCAUGAUCUUACUAUGCAGACUGUAUUUCCAGAAACCUGCUCAGCCAGCUCCUGAUGGAGAACACAUGCAAGAAGAAGUUGGUCCCACGGAAGCAGGGGAGCAAGGAGGGACAUCUUGAUUGUGCACUGAACCAGAAAUAUUUGGUUGACUUCAACAAGAAAGAUAAAGACCAGCAACGUCCAGACCCAGCAUCAUCUGGUAGGGACGAGCAGCUGUGUUAGCUUAACAAUAUCUGAUAAAAUUUGCCAAUUUGAUACAUCUGUGCUCUCUCCUACCUCCUUUCUAAUUUACACUCACAACCAGCCAACCACCUCAUGUAAUGGCAUUGUUCAUUGCUCUGUCUAUGCACAAGUAUUCUGGGAAGUUAAACACUUUUCAGAAAUGGAAUUAUAUUGCAAGUAUAUUUUGCUGAUCUUUUUGAAGCUGCAGUCUAGAAAUGGUGACAGAUGAAUAACAUACCUCAUUAUUGCAUAUCCAUGUGAUAGAUUGGAUCCUAUGCAGAGUUUUGAACAAGUUCGUGGUUCUUUGACAAAUGACACUCUGUGUUAAUGUGACUUCUUGUGUAGGAAGCACCUUUCCAGGAUAAGAACCAAGUGCAAAUGUCAAAUUAGUACUUGUCAUUGGCUUUAACCUUGGUGACAUAUGGACAUCUCCAUUCUUCCGGCAACUCAAUGAGGUCACUUCCCAUUGCCCUGUUCUUGGUUUGCACUGGUAUAAGUCUGGGUCCCAUAUUGGCAGCCCACAUUACAGUUAGGCUUGCCGGGGAUUUUGCCCUACCUGCAGAGUUAGCAACAAUGAUAUCAGUUAAAAGGUCCAUGUCGACUGUCCAAUAGAACUGAGGUGGUAGAAGGCAGCAUUCUGACAGCUGGCUAGCAUUUCCCCACCAAAUCAGUGUCUUAAAAACUGUGUUCCUCUCCCAGGUCUCAGAAAGUGCAAGAGAGCUGGAAUUGGACACACCCCAGUAAGAGAGCUUCCUGAAGAAUGAGUUGCUUUCUCAGGAGUCCCUGAUGACAAACAUCCUGAAUGGUAACAAUAUUUUUUGGAUUAAUAUUCUUCCUCAGAGUUAAUUUGUCAUUUCUUAGACCCUAAAUUUAUAUAACACUAAGCCAGCCUGACUGAUUGAGGUCUUACUCACUUUCUUCUUCAGAAAACACAACUUGAGAGACAGCUUGGGGGACCGCCUUUCAUUAUGUGUGCUAGAGGAGAAACAGCAAUACGUCUGUGCUUCUACAUGUUCGUUAAGAAUAUGCUUAUGUUUAGAAAUUUUUUUGUUAUGAUUUUAAUUGAAGUUUUCUUUUUGUUGUUUCAUAUUUAUGUGUUCUUGUUACUAUUUUUCACUUUCAAAUAUUUUUAAAUAUUUUUAUUCAUUUUAAUCCUGUUGUGUUAUAAAAAAGUAUUUGUUAUGAAUGAAAAUUGAAUUCUAUCUCUUGACUCUUAAGACCAUCAUUCUUACUCAAGGGUUCUGUGGACCUAGAACUGACAGCUAGAGAUGGAUCUCUGCAUGUUCCAUGGAGCCUGGGCUAAUAAGUGAAUUCAAACUCACUAAGGGGUACCCAGUGUGAUAGUGUUUUUUGUGUGGAUAAUGUGGCUGUGUCUCCAACAAACACUUUAUGAUGUAAUCACUGACAUACUUUACCCAAUUGUUAGGGGCAUGUGGUUCUUCUGAGAGAGCAGCAGAUGCUCUAACCUGUGAGUCAUCACCACAGCUCCUGCAGGUGGCUUUUGUUAUUCCACAUGAGGUGCUGUAUUAGGUGGACAAGAUCACCUAUGAUUAAAUAGAGAGAUCUCAGGAGAUGUGUGUUCACAGGGAACUUACUGAGCUUGCCUGCUCAACGUGUUAGGUUGCCAGGCAUCCCUACAGAGCUCUGGUGUUCUGGACAGCUUCAUCACCCGCCUGCUGGCGGUAUGAGGAUAUCGUCUGGGAGAAAUUGUGCAGAUGACUGAAGCAGAAGUCCGAGGGCUGUGUAUCACGUCUCGUGAAAUCGUUCUUAGCCAGCCAACAGCUGUGAACACAGGUUUCUUUUGGAGAGCAGGCCUGUGCAGGCCCAGAACCUAUGUGGGACAAUUCAAGCUACCCUUUUUCCAUGGCCAAUCUCAGAUCAUAUUCAGAAAGUAUUUCUUGGGCUAAAGAGUUGGCUUAGUGGUUAAGAGCAUUGACAGCUCUUCCAGAGGUCCUGAGUUCAAAUCCCAGCAACCACAUGGUGGCUCACAACCAUCUGUAAUGAGAUAUGAUGCCCUCUUCUGGUCUGUCUGAAGACAGUCACGUUGUACUUGUAUACUAUAAAUAAAUAAAUAAAUAAAUAAAUAAAUAAAUAAAUAAAUCUUUAAAAAAAAGUAUUUCUUCCAGGUGAUGGAUUUCCAAUUUAUGGAAUUGAACUAACUUACUGAUGGUGGAAGUGACACAGAGAGUUAAAGUACAGAAGGAAUAAUCCAGAGUGUCCACCAACAGUUGCUGUCACACCAGGGCUUUUAAAAGCUCAGCUGUUAGAGAAGCAAGGUAGUCUUUGGUCAUUCUCAAGCUUAGGUCUUCUAGUCAUUAUAAGGUGACCAUGACAA